CUCCCUCCCUCGCGUAGUCAAACCUUUCCUUCUACUACUUCUCUUCUUCUUCCUCCUCUUCUCCUCCUCUCCUCGCCGAGGACGCAUCGGAAUUCAGGUGGAGGCAAGGAUUGCAUGAGCUAAGGUGAGGUGUGUCCGGCGUCGCGUUCGCGUGCGAGGUGGUGGUGGUGGUGGCUGUAGUGUGGAGGUGGUGGGGAGUGUGAGGAGAGGGAGGGGAUGGAGGUGGGGGAGAGGGCGGCGAUGGCGCUGGGAGCGGGGUUCGACCUCACGUCGGACUUCAGGCUCAAGUUCGCCAAGGAAGGGCGGCUGGUGGAGCUCGACGAGGCCGGGGCCAGGGACGUGCCCGUGCCGGGUGGCGGCGUCGGCGGCGGCGCGGCGGCGGUGCUACGCGGGGUGCCGCGCGACGUCGGCGUCGACAAGGGCGACCGCAUCCGCUUCCGCUCCGACGUCCUCGAGUUCAACCAGAUGUCCGAGUUACUUAAUCAGAAAUCUUCAGUCCAAGGGAAGGUGCCUUCAGGCUAUUUUAACACUCUUUUCGAUUUAAGUGGAGCUUGGAUGACAGAUGCUAAAGAGACUAAACAUCUAGCAUUUGAUGGAUAUUUCAUCUCGUUGUACAAGUUGCACCUAAAAACUUCUCCAUUGGUUCUUCGAGAUGAAGUUAGAAGUGCUGUUCCACCGAAAUGGGACCCUGCAGCACUAUCACGGUUUAUCAAAACUUAUGGGACACACAUAAUUGUUGAAAUGGCAGUUGGGGGUCAGGAUGUCAUUUGUGUUAAGCAAAGUCCUUCUUCAACCAUUUCAUCAGCGGACCUAAAGCUACACCUGGAAGAUCUUGGUGAUUUCCUGUUUUCUGAUGGGAGGAAUCAUUCCCCGAUACAUCGCAAGACCAGGGAUGGCAAGAGCAAGGUGCCUGAUGUUUUUGUCAGGAUGGAACAGCAGCCUAAUAACCUACAUCUUUCUAGCUACUCAGAAUCAUCAACCAAAGAUGGCCUGACAAUUACAUGCUCGAAAAGAGGUGGAGAUGCCUCUAUAGCCAGCCAUUCCAAAUGGUUACAAACCGUUCCAAGGGUUCCUGAUGCUAUAAUGUUUAAAUUUGUUCCUAUCACCUCUCUUCUUACCGGCAUUCCUGGUAGUGGUUACCUCAGCCAUGCCAUUAAUUUGUAUCUUCGCUAUAAACCUGAUCCUGAAGACUUGCAACAUUUCUUGGAGUUUCAAGUGCCCCUACAAUGGGCGCCUUUGUUCAACGAGCUUAUCCUUGGGCCUCAAAAGAGAAAAGGCUCCUAUCCUUCAUUGCAGUUCAGAUUUCUUGGUCCCAAACUUCAAGUUAGCACUUCUCAGGUAUCUAGUUCUCAUAAGCCUGUAGUAGGCUUACGGUUAUACCUGGAGGGGAGGAAGUGCAACCGGCUGGCCAUCCACGUCCAGCACCUGUCCAGCGCCCCCAGCAUGCUCGGGGACUCGCUGUCGUCGUCCAUGUCGGAGUGGCGCGAGUCGGAGGAGGUGGGCGCCGGGUACAUCGAGCCCAUCCAGUGGAAGAGCUACUCCUGCGUCUGCACGUCCAAGGUGGACUACAACCCGGAGUGGCUCAAGCGCGUCCCCGGCGGCCGCGGCGUGUUCGUCGUCACCGGCGCGCAGCUGGUGACCAAGGGGACGUGGUCGAGGAAGGUGCUCCACCUCCGGCUGCACUACACGCACGUCCCCGGGUGCGCCAUCCAGCGCACGGAGUGGGCGGCGGCGCCCGCGGCGUCGCAGCGGGGGAGCUUCCUGACGACGAUCAGCACGACGCUGAGCUCGCCGUUCACGCAGCUGCAGGCCGCCGCCGCGCCGGCGGCGCCGCCGAGGAACGAGCCGGCGCCCGCGGCGCUGCUCAACUCCGGCGUGUACCCGGACGGUCCGCCCGUGCCGCUCCAGUCGAGGAAGCUGCUCAAGUUCGUCGACAUGUCGGAGGUGGUGAAGGGCCCCCACGACGUGCCGGGGCACUGGCUGGUCACCGCCGCCAAGCUCGUCAAGGACGGCGGCAAGAUCGGGCUCAACGUCAAGUUCGCGCUGCUCAACUACGACGGCACGCAGCCGGCGACGGCGACGAUGGCCGGUGGUGAUCAAGGGCAUGGGCUGCUGAAUUGAGAUUUUCGCCGUUUGUUUGUACAUAUCACAGCAGUUCAUCACAGCUUUGCUGGUCUUUGUUAGGUUUCAUCGAUCAGGAUUUUGGUUUGGGACUUGGGAGCAGAUAGGAUUAAGAGAAUGAAUUUGUUACAGAUUUUUUUUUACUUUUUGGGCGUAUAGGAAGUGUAUAGAACAGGAGAUCCAGGACAUACAAACAAAAAAAACCAUCGAGCAGUGUGUUGGCAAUGCUCCAAUUUAUUUUCUUUUCUUGCUGUGUAAUUAGAGUCUUUUGCGUGUAAAUUAUUAUGAGUUUUGUUUGCCUGUA